GGGGAGGUAGGCAGAGAAACUGGGGAGAAGGGAGACCCCUGAAGACUCGGAGCAGCGAACCGAGCUCGUUCAUACCGCGCAGCUCCCCACUCCUCCUUCAGUAGCACGUCCCGUUCUGCUGCCCGAGCGGCACGGCGGCAGCUGGGGGUUCUGCAUGGACCAGGGUCGAGAGGGAGCGGGAGUCGUGGAGGAGAGGACACACACCCAGCGGAGCUGCCGUCUCAUUGCACCCUCCGCCGGGGCUAGGAGCGGGGAAGGUCAUUGGGGGUGGGGGGGAGGGGGCCGGGCGGCGUCGCCGCGGGUAUUUCGAGCGCCGGCCGCUGGCACGGCGCGUACCUUUCCCUUUUUUGGGCUUCGGGUUGGUGGGGCAGUUCGGCGGCGCCCAGUGUGCUUCGCUCCCGCCUUCCGGCACUGAGUGCGGCUCCUCUGCUGGCCGCCCCCUUUUGCCCCCCGCCCCGGGACGCGGCAGGUGCAGUGGCGGGUGCCGGAGGAGACGGGGAAGCAUAAGCUUAAAUCGUCUCAGAAGGACAAGGUUCGUCAGUUUAUGGCAUUUACCCAGGCUGGUGAAAGGACUGCUAUAUACUGCUUAAUGCAGAAUGAAUGGAAACUAGAAGUGGCAACAGACAACUACUUCCAGAAUCCAGACUUGUACUACAAAGAAUCCAUGAAAAGUUCAGUAGACAGGAAGAAAUUGGAGCAAUUGUAUAAUCGAUACAAAGACCCACAAGAUGAAAAUAAAAUUGGAAUUGAUGGGAUUCAACAGUUUUGUGAUGACUUAAGUCUGGACCCAGCCAGUAUCAGUGUUCUGGUUGUAGCAUGGAAGUUUAGGGCAGCUACUCAGUGUGAAUUUAGUAAAAAGGAAUUUGUUGAUGGCAUGACAGAAUUGGGGUGCGACACGACAGAAAAACUAAAAGCACUGGUGCCAAGACUGGAACAAGAGCUAAAGGAUCCAAUAAAGUUUAAAGAUUUUUAUCAGUUUACUUUUAACUUUGCAAAAAACCCUGGACAAAAAGGUCUAGAUCUAGAAAUGGCAAUUGCUUAUUGGAAUUUAGUCUUGUCAGGAAGAUUUAAAUUUCUAAGUCUUUGGAAUAAAUUUCUGUUGGAACAUCAUAAAAGAUCAAUUCCAAAAGACACUUGGAAUCUUUUGUUAGACUUUGGAAAUAUGAUUGCUGAUGAUAUGUCCAACUAUGAUGAAGAAGGAGCGUGGCCAGUGCUUAUAGAUGACUUUGUGGAAUAUGCACGACCAGUAGUCACAGGAGGAAAACGUAAAUCUUCCUAACCCUCGACUUGUCUGUAUGGACUAAAUGUGCACUCUGAACUUCAUUAGGUAAUGAAGAUUUGUUGACUACUGACUCUGCACAUCAUUGCUGGUUUCAGUGGUCGUGAUGAAAUUUGGGAGAGAAAACUGAAGUUCUUCUUUUUUUGCCUAGAGAAAAUCAUGGCUCACUUUGGGAUGCCUCAAGAACAAACUCAGAAGAUAGUCUAGGCUGUUCGUAGGCUACUGGCUUCAAUUAUUAUACUGGUUGGAUCAUAGGAUGUAGAUUUUGCAUGAUUUUAUACUUUGGAGAAGUGCAACUAGAGGCCACUUUAUUGAAGUUUUGACAGCACAGCAUGCCAUUCAGUUCAUGAUCCAAAAUGAACACCAGCAGUUACAUAAAUAAAGCUGUAUCAUAUUGUACUUAUAAUAAAAGCAGUAUUUGUGGUAUAUAAAUUAAAUCCCUAAAUAAAACUUAUGCUGUAUGUUGUACUUUUAUAAAAGUUAAUUCCAUGGAUCUGUCCUGAUACAGAACUGUAAGAAAACAAACCCUACCACACUUUGGCUUUUUUCACUUGUCAGAAUUUAAAAUCUGUGUGUUUAAGUCAUGGAUGUAUGGAUUUAUUACACCCAGCCUUUUGUUUGCUCUCAGUGAGUUCAGCUUCCUUAUUAUUCUUGGAGUGCUUGCACACAGACCAGUGGCAUUGCUGCGGAAGGGCUUCUGCUCUGUGCUGUGUUGCAACUGCAGCUUUCUUUAUUAACCAUUUUAAAAUAGACAACCAAAGAUGGUUUUAUAAUUUGAUUAUCAUAAUUCAGUUAGUCUUCAAUUAAGUGCUUUAUUUAAAAUAAUGAUCCUCUGGAACAGUACUCUUAGAUUUAUCUGUAGCCUAGAACAUAUCAUGAAUUCUAGCUAAAUGCAGCAUAGUUGUGAAUGCAAUUCCUGACAUGUCCAACAGAAAGGAAAUGCAAAUAAGCUAAAGAGUUAUCCAGUUGGCUUUUGCUUUGGAGAAAUAAUGAGGAGACUUUCUACUGAUUGUGAUUACCAUUCAUGCCUCUGUAUAAGGCAUUCAAUUCUAUUUAAGGGAAAAAUACUAAGUUAAUGCACUAUCCUUGACCUCAAGGCUAGUAGAAUUGGACUGCUUUUCACCAAAUCUAAAUUUGUGUUGUCAAUUUUUUGCCUCCUUUCACCAGCCACCAAUUAGAAAGUGUACCAAGGUCGGUCUCCUUUCUCAGCUGCGUCUUCAAAUGAUUAACCACAAAACAUGUUGUUUUUUUAAUUAGAAAUUAUUAAACAUGUCUUCACACAGGGCUCUUUUUAAAUGCUACCUCAUCAGAAUGAGCUUGUCAUAGCCACUGUAAAAGUUUACUGAAGAUUUGUGAAAGAUUAAGUACAGCUAUGAUUAGUACAUUUUCUGUAAUCAGAGCCGAAUGGAUGGAAGAAUCUUUAGAUAAAAUAAUGCAUUAAGCUCUAUAACUUAUAUCUGAAUCAUAUCAGACCAUUCAAGUAUUGCAUGACAGCAUCCUACUUAAUUUCAUAGUUGUGAGGGUAUAAAAGCUUACAAUACUCUUAAACUCUAAUAUUUAGAGUUUUGUAUAAGCAGUCAACUCGUUUCUCUCAAUGCAGCUGACAAGAACGAAUGCAGGUGCUGCACACAGAAAGAUCACCUUUGUUCUGCUUGAGAGAAUUUCAGUUGCGCAUGAUGUUGAACAAACAGGGUUAGGACAUUUGAACAAAGUAGCAAAUUCUCUGCUAAGAAUGUAGCAGGCAAGUGUGGAUUUUUUGGAGGUUGUGUUUUCGGGGUUUUGUUGUGUUGUUGGGGGGGAGUUUAGUGGGGUUUGUUUGUUUUGGGAUUUUUUGGUAGUCUUUUCACCCCCAGCGGUAUUUAGAACUGUCAGAUCUUACAUGGCAACCACUAGGUGUCAGUGUCCUGGUCUCCAGCUGCCUCUCUCUGCUCUGCAGAGUUGGCAAGUAAUAAGCAGGUCGUUUAUUUCUGGAUGAAUCUUUUUAGAGACAUACGUCCAGCUAUUCUACAGAAGUAUUUAAAAACAGCAUUAUCCUCCCUUUAAUGCAUUUGAUUUACCUGCUUUUCCUCCCCAAAAUGAGUCAUUUCUAUAUCUUUCCUGUAGAGUUUGGACAAAGUAACAUCUUGUUAUAUCAGCUGCAUUUAUUCAGUCAAAAGCAGUGGAAUGCUUGCGAUUCCCACAAUUGCUGCUUAAAAUAUGUAGCUCUGAUUUAACUGACCAGAAGUAGUUUAAUCUAUUAGUUUGUGGUGUAACAGAAUAGUUUCAUAGCUCUAGAGCUUGUGAAACACUUGUUAACAUCAUGUUGAGAACUCCUUCACAUCAACCUGAUGAACCUUCUACCUUUUAAAAUAAAUAAGAGCAUUAAAAAUGA